CCCAUGAAGUAAACAGCCAUGUGCAUUCCUUACUCUAUAUUUAACAGCUGCAGACUGUGCUGGGGGCAACUGCACCAGAGGGGAACCUUUGUAGCUUCCCAAAUUCAUAACUCUCCAGGGUGGGAGAGGGGGAAGCAGCCUGCAGGGAGAAGAGGGAUUUCUCUCCUUGCUGGCAUUUGAAAAGCAGGUUCCACCUAGCAAGAGGCUGCAAUGCCAGCAUCCCAGGCGCGGCCCAGGGCAAGGGACAGGAACAACGUCCUCAACAGGGCUGAGUUCCUCUCCCUGAAUCAGCCCUUCAAAGGAAACCAGGAGAGCAGGAGCUUCAGCAGAAAGCAGAGCGGCCAGGCCGGAGCAGCUGGUGCCCCGAACAGCAAUCCCAAGGAGCGGCGGCAAUCCCAGCAGCUGCCCGAAGAGGACUGCAUGCAGCUCAACCCCUCCUUCAAGGGAAUCGCCUUCAACUCCCUGCUGGCCAUCGACAUCUGCAUGUCCAAGAGGCUAGGAGUGUGUGCCAACAGAGCCUCGUCCUGGGGUGGUGCCCGCUCCAUGAUUAACCUCCUGGGGAUAACGGGGCAUGGGAUCCCCUGGAUUGCAGGCACGCUCAUCUGCCUGGUGAAGAGCAGCACGCUGGCAGGCCAGGAGGUCCUCAUGAACCUGCUGCUAGCCCUGCUGAUGGACAUCAUGAUUGUGGCUGGUUUGCAGAAACUGGCCAAGCGGAAGGGCCCGUAUGACGUCAGCCCUGGCUUGUUGGACUACCUGACCAUGGACACGUACGCCUUUCCGGCGGGGCACGCCAGCCGAGCUGCCAUGCUCUCCAAGUUCUUCCUCAACCACCUGGUCUUGGCCAUCCCCCUCCGGAUCCUGCUGGUCCUUUGGGCCUUCUGCGUGGGCUUUUCCCGCGUCAUGAUCGGACGGCACCACAUCACGGAUGUCCUGUCUGGCUUUGUUUUUGGCUACUUGCAGUUCAGGCUAGUGGAGUUGAUAUGGAUGUCUUCCAACACGUGUCAGAUGUUGAUAUCAAUCUGGUGAACAUGGGGGACUUGGUGCCUUUCAACUGGAAACGAGCAGAUACUUUAAGGGGCUCCCUCCCACUAUUUUUUACAUGUUGUCUGUUGGAAAGAGUUGUAAAUUCCAUGAGUAGUGGUGUUUUUUAAUGUUGCUUCCCUGCCUGAAAAAAACGUUACUUGCAGUUGGUCGGGUUUUAGCAAUCAAGGGCCACAGCUGUGUUUUGGCCGUAUUCUCGAGCUGUAUUUGUACAGCAACCAAAUUAAGCUUUACAGAUGCGAGACAUGAGCUACAUGCCUGCCUCGUUUGGGUGGCUCACAUCUGCACCUUGCUAUGUCCUCACGGCGGGCAGCACCGGAGAUCUUCCUGAGAACACAUUUGUUAACUUCUUGGAGGCUAAAGGAUUUUGGCCGCAGUGCUUUUUCUUAUUGUAAGCCCAGAGUUUGUGUCCUGUUUAGAGUCAGGACACUGCCAGCAUUUCACAGAUAAUAAAUAAUCGUAAAAUUGC